UUUCAUCGGAUGCCAGAAGCCUACAUCUGAAGCUGACAUAUGAAUUAAUUGAUCAACAUUGUACUAUUUAAAUUAUUAUAAACAAAACUAAUUUGUGUUCUAUGAUUUAACCUGAUUUAUUUUUAUUGGAAACGUUAUGUUAACAAUUUAUAUUUAAUAUGGUUGAUACACUUACAGAACAGACGAUUGACAGGGUUGUUGAGCUGUUGAAUGAUGCUAUCUUAGCUUCAACUGAUAAAGAUAAAGUAAACAAUUUACGACAAGUUCAAGAAUUGGUUAUUCAUAAUGAUUUGGUGGAUAAUUUUCUAGAUGAGAUUUUAGGUUUUCAAAAUGAUGCCUUGGUUGAAGUUAGAAAAUUUGUGGUUAACUUCAUUGAAGCUGCAUGUAGCAAGGAUGCUGAAUUUUUUCCGAAAUUAAUUGUUAAUCUACAUUUUGCUUUAAAUGACUCAAGUCCUCAUGUAGUUAAGAAAGGUAUCCAUGUUUCAACCUUGUUAUAUCCUAAAUUUCUUAAAUGGGCCUCGAAGGUCAAAGUUGAUGAGAUACUCGAAUCAACUCAUGAGGUCUGGUGUAAUAUAAAAAGGUACAUAUUUAAUCUACUUGAUUCCUCUGAAAAUGAUGGAGUCAGGACGCAAUGUAUAAAAUUUAUGGAGAUGAUCGUCAUCUGUCAGACAAAACGUGACCAAUGGUCUAAUACAGAUGAUUUUAGUUUGGACUCUAUGGAAAAUUGUAAAUUGGUAAACUUGGAACAAUUGGAAGAAGAAGCCAACUAUGUUUUCGAACAGCUGUUAAUCUUUCAUGGUACUCCUCACAUAUCGAGUUUAAAUUUGAUGGCCACGAUGCAAUCUCUCGUAAUUUUAGCCAGACAGCGAUCUGAUCGUUACUUGUCUAAAGUUAUUCAAGCUCUUGAGUCAUUACACGCAAAUCUACCUCCAACUCUGGCUAAAUCACAAGUAACUUCGGUACGGAAACAAUUAAAAGUCCAGUUGACAUUGUUAUUAAAACAUCCAGCAGCAGCUACAAACAUUCAAUUUCAGACACAAAUUAUUCAACUAUUGAAUGAUCUAGGAGCUGGUCAAUCUGAAGUUUAUAAAUGCCUUCAAGAAGUUCGUAAAAGAGGAUUGAAGGUUGAACAAGCAAAUAUUGAACCUAAACCUAAGAAAAUUAAAUUGGAACCUGAUGCUGAGUCUUCGACAAGAGAGAAAUUAGAACCUGUACUUCCACUACCUUCUCCUAAAGUAACCCGUAACGAUGCCAACACAGCAAUUGAUAUAACCUCUGAAGAUUUGAUCUCUUGCUUGAAUAAUAUUGCAAAUGUCUGUGAUUUGGUUUUAGUAUCAUUACUAUCAUUGCCUGAUUCUAUGCCAGCGCAUUUCCUGGCGACUUAUACUCCUGUUGCCGCUGCUGGUACGCCAUCUCAGAUAAAGCAUCUUGCCAGAUUGCUUUCAACCCAGUUUACAACUACUGGGAUAGGAAAAGGAGUUGAAGAAAUGGUCGAGCGAGCUGCCAUUUCAGCGAAAGCUAAAAAAUCUCAAAAUUCUGAACAACAGUAUCAAAAAAUAGCAACACUUGUAAGUCGUGGAAUUGCUCAAGAAGCUAAGAAACAAGAACAAGCACAACUUAACAAUCAGAAUAAGGUUAAACUUAUGCCCACUGGUAAAACGUUAAGUGGUUCAGUUAAAGUAAAACAGUUGAACUUUGAAGAGUUGACUACAGAACUUUCAGAUGAUAUGAAAGUGAGAAUGAUAGCUGACUCAGUAAGUCGAAUAAUUCAAGCUGAAGAGCGAAAACUUAUAACUUGUCCCUCUCAACUAGAGAGUCGCAACAAAGUAUUGACUCACCUUUCAACCGAAUUUCAUGACCAUUCUUUUAAUGUAGCCACGCUGGUUAGGGGCUAUGCAUUUGAAGAUAUUCGUAAUCGAGCUGAUCUACUUUUUAAUCUUGUCUAUAAUGAAUAUGCUGUCGCUAAAAAGAAUGGUAACGAUAUGUCUCACUACGAUAAUUGUUUAUCCUUUAUAUUUAAAGAAUUGAUUGAAAGAGUAGAUGUGAGAGAUCGAGAUCACUUUUUGCCAAGGUUCUUCUAUGAAGUUCCUCUUUUGACACCUGAAGUAAUAUCUCAGUUAGAAGGAAUGAUUACACGAGAAACUAGUUACAGCGGAAUUACAUUAGGAUUUUCAAUUCUGCAAACCCUAAUAGAAAAGAAGAUCAAAUUAAGACCACAAUUGCUUUCUGUGAUGCUUAAUCUAUCUAUUCUGAUGGAUAAACCUGAAGUUAGAGCUCAAGCAAUUAAAGUUAUCAAAUAUCUUCACGAAAUUUAUGGAGCUGAUGUCAAAGGACCUAUCGAAAGGUUUUCACUGGAGAAACUUCAAAGACUUUUGGAUCCAUGUCCAAUUCCCGAGGAACCUGAAACUCAAUGGACCGAAGAUGUCAUAAAAAUAUUUCUCCUCCCGUACCUGUGUUUAUUACCCAAUAAUCAUAAAUUAAUUCAUGACUUGGCUCUUGUUUAUGUUUCGACUAUUCCUGAUAUUAAAAGAGUAAUUCUCAGAGUUCUUGAUGUACCAGUCAAAGGAAUGGGUAUGGAUUCACCUGAGCUUCUUUUACUGGUAGAAACUUGCCCCAAAGGAGCAGAAACACUUGUUACUCGAAUAAUCCACGUUCUAACGGAUAAACAACCACCAAGCGCUGAUCUUGUUUCUCGAGUUCGCGAUUUGUACCAUAAAAGAGUGCCUGACGUUAGAUUCCUUAUCCCUGUUUUGAAUGGUCUUUCAAAAAGGGAGGUCAUUGCCGCACUACCCAAGCUAAUCAAGCUUAAUCAACUUGUCGUCAAAGAAGUUUUUAAUAGAUUACUUGGGACUCAAGUUGAAUCCGGUCAAAAUUACCAAAGUCCUCUUACUGCUGCCGACCUUCUAGUUGCUCUACAUAAUAUUGAUCCUUCCAAAUGUGAUAUGAAAACUGUAAUGAAAGCUAUAAGUCUGUGUUUUGCCGAAAAACACAUAUAUACAGAUGAAGUCUUAGCUAUUGUGAUGCAAUUAUUAAUGGAGCAAAGUCCGCUUCCUACUUUAUUGAUGAGAACUGUCAUACAGUCACUGUCCCUUCACCCUCGCUUAUUAGGUUUUGUGAUGAAUAUUUUACAACGACUUAUUCUCAAACAAGUCUGGAAUCAAAAGAAAGUUUGGGAAGGUUUCAUUAAAUGCUGUCAACGAACAAAGCCUCAGAGUUUUCAGGUCUUAUUGCAGCUUCCUGCUCCCCAGUUGCGAACAGUAUUCCGUAAUAGUCCCGAUUUUAAGCCUGCUCUUCAAGAACACGUCUCCAGUUUCACAGAUACUCAACGAUCUCAUCUCCCCCAGUCAAUAUUAGAUGCUAUUUUUUCAGAUGAUGGUGAUGUCAAAGAAGAAAUUCCUCAGUUAGAAAAUAAUGAACCAGAAUGUGAUGGCCAAUCAAAUUCUCCAUCAUCUUCAGUUCUAUCUCAACCUGCAUUAAUACCACCUGUUUCAAUCAUCAAUACUAAUGUCAAUAUUGCGACUGUAACUACAACCAAUGGAGCUUCGGCAAUGGAAACAUAAACCACCAGAGAAAGGGAAAUUUUAAAUUUGUAUUUGCUCUUCAAUACUGAUUUUGUUUCAGAAGAUUAACUCAACGUUAAAUCAAGUCACUAUAUAAAUAUAUAGUUAUAUAUAUUAUGUUCCAUUUAUAAUGAAGACAAAUGAUUAGAAGAAAAAAGAUGAUCACAACAAAAGUUUGAAUGAAAAACAUCUUUACUUUCUUCAUGAUCUUAUUUUUCCUUUCCAUUUUACUUUCUCUUCUUUUCUGUAUUUUCCAAUCUUGCAAUCUUUCCUAAUCAUUUCACCACUUCUAUCACGAAUUAAUUUAUAUAGAAUUUGAUUCUCAACGUAUUGAAACGCUAAAUCAUACUCUCAAUGUUGAAUCAAGCUUAUCAAGACUUGAAAGAUUUGUGAUAGUUAGACUCACUAUCUGAGAGAAAAAUCAAUAAGUGUAGUUAAUAAAAUUCAUCUAGACAAUGAAAAUAUUCAUUAAUUACUAGGGUAACUUUGUAUUUUUGAUUGAUUAUGUUGCUCAUAGCUUUCAAAAUUGAAAUAACUUUUUUUGUUAAUAAAUUAACUGCCACUCAAUUGA